AUGACUGCGGCAGCGGCCGCGGCUUUGGCGGCCGCUGACACUGACCCGGACCCAGACCCACAGCCGCUGCGGUACCUCGUACAACUUCACUUCGUAAAUGAGGAGCAGCUCUUGGAUGGCCUGCAGCCCUUCCGCCGCAACUCGAAACCCCUCCUGCUGGAGGUGCAUCUUGGGGAAGAAGAUGCUGACUUGACGGUGACCGAUGCUGAUGGUGUCUGUGUCUUUAAGUGCCUGGUCAAUGGAGAUACAGAGUGCUGUCGAGUUGGGAAAGAGUCUAUCUUAAUUACUUUGGGGUACAACAGUGCUUUGCUGUGGUUCCAGUCUCAUUCUGAAUACAGUACAUUUUCAAAUGCCUUAGAGAGAUAUCGGAAGCAGAAGAAGGAAUACUCAGUGUUCAGUCAGCGGACAGAGGCGGCCUCUGCUGCACAGUAUUUUCAGUUUUAUGGGUGUAUAUCCCAACAGCAAAAUAUGCUACAGGACUUUGUGAGGACAGCUACCUACCACAGAGCCAUUCUUCAGAACCACACAGACUUUAAAGACAAGGUGGUCCUAGAUGUUGGCUGUGGAUCUGGAAUUCUUUCCUUCUUUGCUGUGCAAGCCGGAGCCAGGAAAGUGUAUGCUGUUGAAGCCAGUGCCGUAGCCCAGUAUGCCGAGGUUCUAGUGAAAAAUAACAACCUCUCAGACAAGAUCACAGUUUUAUCAGGAAAAAUUGAGGAAAUCUCACUGCCAGAAACUGUAGAUGUGAUUAUUUCUGAACCCAUGGGCUACAUGCUAUUCAAUGAGAGGAUGCUGGAGAGUUACCUACAUUCCAAAAAAUGGUUGAAGUCAAAUGGGAUGAUGUUCCCAACAUCUAGUGACAUUCAUUUGGCUCCUUUCUCGGAUGAACAGCUCUACAAUGAACACUACUCCAGAGCAAAUUUCUGGUACCAGCAGAGCUUCUAUGGGGUCAAUCUUUCCAGCCUCCGUGGUGCAGCCUUGGAUGAAUACUUCAGACAGCCAAUUGUAGAUACUUUUGACAUUAGGAUUUUGAUGGCUCAGACAAUUAAAUAUACUGUUAAUUUUAUUGAAGCCAAAGAGGAAGACUUGCACAGAGUGGAAAUUCCCUUUAUGUUUCAUAUGAUGCAAUCUGGUCUCAUCCAUGGCCUGGCUUUUUGGUUCGAUGUGGCAUUUGUUGGAUCACUGGUCACAGUCUGGCUCUCCACAGCCCCAACAGAGCCCCUGACUCACUGGUAUCAGGUGCGCUGCCUCCUUCAGACACCUCUUUUUGCCAAGGAAGGAGAAACUCUCUCAGGGAAAGUGCUCUUUGUAGCCAAUAAGCGACAGAGCUAUGACAUUCAGAUUGUGGCCAUAGUGAACCAAACAGGCUUCAAGUCGGGUAAUAUUCUUGACUUAAAGAACCCAUUUUUUAGGUAA